AUGUUGAGGAAGGCGCUAAAGUGCGCCGGUGGCUCACUUUUACAGCCGUGGCGCACGAUAACAUCCCCCCGCUCGUCGUCCACCGCUUCAUACACAGUGAACUCCAUGAUCCUCCGUUCCCUGAAAGAUCACUACCUCGAAGUCUCCAAGAUGACCCCUCCACCUAAAAUUAGCCCCCCUUCUCCGUACACAGUUGUAAAGGGGGCACUCGAUAGUGGGGGUCCUGUUCUAAGGCGGAUGUUUCAGGAUGAGGAGAUCAAUAUAUCAGUAAUGAGAAUGGUUGACAUUAUCCCUGGAGGUUCUGGAGAGGACUAUGGUGCAGACAGUGUUAACCAGUUAUUUGUUUACGUUGAUAUUUCUAAGCCACAGCUCAAAGAGUCUUUGCAUUUUCUUUGUGGCUUGUAUCCUGAUGCUCUGGGGAUUCAUUCGGUUUCACUGAGGCCAAAGACAGAGUCUUCAGGGUUUGUGGUGGCUUCAAGCAAAUACAAUGGUCCUGUUUUUGAGUAA